AUGCAUAGUAUAUACAAAGAAAAGCCACUUUAUAGGCGGGCAUACGCGGCUCCGUUGCUCAUGCUUCCUGUUCUCCUGAUGAUGAGCAGCUAUCCCCAGGUGGUGGUUGUGUUCACAUUGCUACUGGCCGGAACGAUGUUCCUAUCAACGUUCUGGUCGACUAGAGUCCGUAUUUUAUUUUCGAUGGAUUCUGAUCGUAAAGGUGAUUAUAUAUUGUACUCUGGAUCCUUAUGCAAACUCAGAAACGGGGCUUUUGAGUUUGAGAAAUCUGGAUAUCUGCUAGACGACGAGGGGAUUAUAAGGCUGAGAGCAAAUACCAAAAGACCGUUCAAAUACUAUGCAGGAUGGCAGGAAAAGAGAGACAAGUUUGUUGAGACAAGGCUUAUAAAGCACUUUAAGAAGAACAGGUUCGAUAUUGUACCUCCAUCAUUCUUCCAAUUGUUUUUGGAGCAUGCAGUGUCUCCGCUAUUUGUAUUUCAAGUUUUCUCUGGGCUUCUGUGGUGCCUUGAUGAAUAUGUUUACCAGGCCAUAUUCAGUCUUGUGAUGCUGGUUGUUCUUGAGUCUGGACUUGUUUUCCAAAGGAUGAUGACAGCAAGACAUUUCAGAAAGAUGAGCCAUUCUAAUGUUAAUGUCGAAGUUCUGUAUGAUGAGAGAGAAGGCACAAACAAGAAUGAAAGGAAGGUAGUGUCUUCAGAGGAUUUGUUUCCUGGGGAUGUUAUCAAAAUCACUUCCUCUGUGAUUGUUCCUUGUGAUCUUCUACUGGUCAAGGGAUCCUGUGCUGUAAAUGAGGCAAUGCUUUCUGGAGAGUCUAUUCCUCUUGCAAAAGAAGAUAUUUCAGAAAGAAAUCCUAAGGAUAUAUUUGAUAGAUGUAAAGACAAGAGACAUGUAUUGUAUGCAGGCACAGAAAUAGUAAUGAUAAGAGACUCUCCAUUGGUAUGCUUUGUGCUGCACACGGGGUUUGAAACCGAGAAGGGAGGCCUUGUUAGGAAGAUGAUGUGUACUGAGGAAGUGACUGUAAAUGAUAGGGAGGCCUUUGUUUUUAUAUUUGCUCUUCUAGUGUUUGCAGUUAUUGCUUCUAUUUAUGCCUACAAAGAGGGAAAGAAAAUGGGAAAAUCUAACUAUAAGCUACUUUUGGAAGUGAUCCUAAUUUUGACGAAUGUAGUUCCGACGGAGCUCCCUAUGGAGUUGAGCAUGGCUGUCAACAGUUGUGUCAGAGCACUUAUUCAAAAGGGCGUGUAUUGUCUAGAGCCUUUCAGAAUUCCAUAUGCAGGAAAGGUGGAUGUGUGUUGCUUUGAUAAGACCGGAACACUAACAGAGACAGUCAUGGAAGUUGCAGCCCUUAAGCAUGAAACGGAGAAUUCAACAAACGUGCUUUCAAGCUGUCAUUCCUUACUGUUACUCAACGGAAAAGUGACUGGGGAUCCUUUGGAAACCAGUGCUUAUGAAUAUCUGAAAGGUACUGGGAUGCCAGAAAGCAAAUGCUUUGGAUAUAAGGUUCACAAAACCUACGCUUUCUGUUCCGAGCUAAAAAGAAUGACCGUGGUUGCUGAGGCAGAAGGGAUGAGCUUCGUCGGGAUGAAAGGAGCUCCAGAAGUCGUCAAGCUGUAUCUAGAUUCUGUGCCCGAGUUCUAUGAUGACUACGAAAAAUAUGCGGCUGAUGGAUAUCGAGUGUUGGCGCUUGGAUUCAAAUCCAUCAAGAAACAAGAGAGGUAUGAUAGAGAGGAGGUGGAAUCAAAUCUGUCUUUUGCAGGGUUUGUGCUAUUUGACUGCAAGUUGAAAAAAGAUGUAAGAGAGACCAUUGAAGCCCUCCAUGCUUCGGGACACAAAGUGGUGAUGAUAACUGGAGAUAACGCACUUACAGCCAGAAACGUCUCGAAGAAAAUUGGGAUAUCAGAUAGAGCUGUCGAAGGGUCGGAAAUAGAUAAGGUAUUAGAGAGUGAUGAGUUUUUUUCUGUAUCGAUCUUUGCUAGGGCAGAUCCUACUCACAAGGAGAGAAUAAUCGAGAAAUAUAAUAAGGCAGGGAGGUAUACAUUAAUGUGUGGAGAUGGAACAAAUGAUGUUGGGGCACUGAAAAGUGCUCAUGUGGGGAUAGCUCUUAUGGAAGCACCAGUGGUUGUUAAGAAGAAAGAGAGGGGGAAAAGCAGUGAAGAAAAGAUGAUGGAAGCCAUAUCAAAGGAUCUAGGCGAGGAGAAGAUAAAUCUUGGAGAUGCAAGCGUUGCAGCACCUUUUACAGCCAAGACUGGGUCUCUAGACUCUGUCCUGGAUGUUGUGAGACAAGGAAGAAGUGCCUUGGUGACAACGAUUCAAAUGUAUAAGAUUCUUGCAUUGAACUCUUUAGUUAGUGCAUUUUCAUUGAGCGUCUUGGAUUGCAUGGGUGUUAGAUAUGGAGACAUUCAGCUUACAGCUUCUGGGCUUCUCAUCGGAUUUGCAUUUAUGUUUUUGACUCAGAGCCAGCCUCUCAAGGAAAUAAGCAAAAAGAAGCCCUUGACGAAUAUCAUCAACCCGUACAUAGUCUCUUCUGUUGUCUUUCAGGUUGCUGUUCAUAUAGCCUCCUUUCUCAUUAUGAUAAGAAGAAUAAGAGAAAUAGAGGUGCCUGUGUACAACGAGAAGUUUUCUCCUUCAUUGAUGAACUCUGCUUUGUUUUUCCUGUCGACAACACAGCAGAUAUCGACGUUUCUUGUGAACUACAUAGGAAGGCCCUUCAGAGAAAGCCUUCUCGAAAACAAGAAGCUCCUUGGAUGCCUUGGGGUUCUGUUAUUCUUUAUACACCAACUUGUACUAGGGGAUAAUGAUGAGCUUCGUAUGAAGAUGGAGGUUGUUGACAUGGGGGAAGUCAAGGUGUUUGUUUACACUGUACUGGUGAUGGACAUAAUUAUGUGUUACUUUGUGGAAAAGAUAUGCUUCUAUAUGUUCAUGCUCUAA